ACCACCUCGAAACCCUAGAGUGCACACUCCUGCCCUCUAGUACCACCACAACCCACCAGCAGCCAUGGCGGCGAGCGGUAAGAAGCUCCCGCCGUUCCUCUUCACGCUGCUGCUGCUGCUCUCCACCGCCGUGACGCCCAUCCUCUCGCUGCCAGCCGCCGCAGCAGACCACGAGGUGGACUGCGACUGCGACAAGCCCAAGGCGCCCAAGCCGUCGCACCCGCCCAAGACCAAGCCCAAGAACCCCAAGCCGCCCAAGGGCCCCUCCUACCCGUCGCCGGUGACGCGCCCGCCCAAGAAGGGCCCCUCCUACCCGCCGGUCACUCGCCCGCCGGUCGUCGGCCCGCCCAAGGGCCCCGUCACGCGCCCGCCGGUCGUCGCCCCGCCGGUCACGCGCCCGCCCGUCGUCGGCCCACCGGUCACGCGUCCGCCGGUGACCUACCCGCCGAUCACCGGCCCUCCGACGACGCCGCCGGUCGUCGGCCCGCCGGUGACGUACCCGCCGAUCACGGGCCCACCGGUCACAGUCCCUCCGAUCACCGGCCCCCCAGUCACCGUCCCUCCUAUCACCGGCCCGCCGUCGACGACGCCUCCGGUGACCGGCCCGCCCGUCACCUACCCGCCCGGCGGCGGAGGCGGGGGCAGCCCAUCGACGCCGUGCCCGCCGCCGCCUCCCUCGACCCCGACGACGCCGUCGUCGCCGACUUGCCCGGCGGACUCGCUGAAGCUGGGGGCGUGCGUGGACCUGCUGGGCGGUCUGGUGCACGUCGGGCUCGGCGACCCCGUGGUGAACAAGUGCUGCCCGGUGCUGGAGGGGCUGGUGGAGCUGGAGGCGGCGGUGUGCCUCUGCACCACCAUCAAGCUCAAGCUCCUCAACAUCAACAUCUACCUACCCCUGGCGCUCCAGCUCCUCCUCACCUGCGGCAAGACGCCGCCGCCAGGCUACACCUGCACCGUCUGAUCGACAAGUUCAUGCAAGUGACAUACGCAUGCUAGAGUGACUCUGUGUUUCUACGUGCAAAUAUGCAGGGGUUUUGUUGUGGGUUUAAUUUCUUUGCUAGUUUGAAGAGAGAUGGACAUGAGAGGAUGCCAUCUGCUUCCUAGCUAGGCUCCGGAAGAGGAUCGCUCUAGCUAUGCUUGGUUGUUUAAUUUCUGUCGUGGUUUCGUUCUUAAGCUGCUCAGUCAAUGACCGGCAGCUAGCUUGAUUAUUUGUGUGGUGUGGUUUUCAGUUUGAUGCAUGCAAGAUGCAUGGUGUUGAUGAUGGUUGAUCUCUAUUGCCAUGAGGUCAUGAGAUGAAGAAAGUUAGGAGACAUUGUUGCGUAAUGUCUCCAAUAAUUUGUGCA